AUGUCUACUACUGGCCCAGAAUCGCUACCGGCGGGCCCUGCGGACAGUACCCGAAGACGGGCGAGAAAUCGUCAAAGGCCAAGUCGCACCAUUCCAGAUGCCCAGGAUCAAGGAGAGGACACAAACGUAGCGCGACAAGUUCAAAGUCGUGGGAGAGAUGGCGUACGAGGACGGCCAGGCAGAGGCGCCCACACAACUUUGAGACCAAUGAGCGUUCCACCCGUUCCGGAAAGCCAACAUACAAGCCCGAAUAUCUCCAACAAUGAAACGCGAACGCCGCGGCAGUCAGGUCCGCGUCGUCGCGGCGGUGGUCGUGGUGGUCGUGCUCACAAUGUGAAUACUUCUCAGACCUUUCAAGGAAGGCGAUUCGGUGGUCAAUUGACAGAAGCGAAUAGCAGUAUUGAAGCGUCGGCCGACACAAGUCUAUCGGCCAAUGCAACAGCUUUCGUUCCUGGUCAACCACAUGAAUCUCGUCCAAUUCCUCCGGCUGCAGUCCCUCCACACAAUCUUCCCCGUAAACGAAAAGCUUCGAAAUCUACGGCGCCAGACAUAGCUACCAGGAUCCACGAGGACAUCGAGAACCACCAGUACGAAUGCGCUAUAUGCACCAAUGAAAUCCUUCCAAACUCGAAAGCUUGGUCAUGUAGGACAUGCUGGACGGUCUUCCAUCUGAGUUGCAUCAAGAAAUGGUCAAGUAGAGAAGGCUCAGCAGUCUCACAGCAGCCACCUGGUCAAAACGGCGAGCUACCUCCGCCUAGACAAUGGCGAUGUCCUGGUUGCAACCUACCAAAGGACGAUGCUCCGAAGGCAUUUACUUGUUGGUGCGAAAAAGAAAUUGACCCUAAACCUCUCGCUGGUCUUCCCCCUUUCUCUUGUGGGCAGACUUGCGCCCGGGAUCAUCUCAUACCUAAGAAGUGCCCCCAUCCAUGCCCAUUGAGUUGUCAUGCGGGUCCUUGUCCACCAUGUACACAUACCGGGCCCACUCAAGAGUGCUUCUGCGGUAAGCAAUCCGCCACACGGCGAUGUGUCGACACGAAUUACGAGUCUGGAUGGAGUUGUCAGCAACUGUGUGGGAAGUCUAUGUCGUGUCGCGAGCAUGUGUGCCCCCGCAAAUGCCACGAAGGUCCUUGUGGUUCGUGUGAGAUCAAAAUUCCUGCGCGGUGCUAUUGUGGUAGAUCAGAAAAGGCGAUACUGUGCAUGAAUCAGGGCCAGCCCAAGCCAAGCCAAUCAGCAGAAGAAAAUUGGGUUGGCACUUUUGAUUGCGCCAGCGAGUGCAAGCGUCUCCUUGAUUGCGGUAUCCAUCGAUGUACUAAAGGAUGUCACCCCCAAGAUGCAGAUGCCUCCCACUGUCCUCGUUCACCUGAUAAUGUUGAUCAUUGUCCAUGUGGAAAGACAAAGCUCGCGGAUCUCAGUACAGCACUUCGUCAAAACUGUGAAGAUCCAAUACCGAAUUGCAAUGAACCCUGCCAUACAACGUUGGCAUGCGGCCAUACUUGUGAACAGACAUGCCACGGUGGGGAAUGCAGUCCUUGUAUGAGACGUGUCUCGAUCAAAUGUCGUUGCGGCCGAGUCGAGGCAGCAACGGUGUGCCAUCAAGGCUCGUAUUCACAGCCCCAAUGCAGACGGAAAUGCAAAGCAUUGCUCAACUGCAAACGUCACGAAUGCGGAGAACAUUGCUGCCCAGGCGAACAGAAAGCAGCGGUACGGACGAAGAAGAAACUAAGACCCCUGAAUACAGCGCCGCGGCCAAUGGACAACGACUUUGAAGCCGAACACAUUUGUACACGCUCCUGUGGACGACCGCUUGGCUGUGGUCUUCACAAUUGUCAGGAGCUAUGCCACUCUGGACGAUGUGGUAGUUGCCCUGAAGCAAUUUUCCACGAUGUUGCCUGUCAUUGCGGUCGUACUGUUCUUCAGCCGCCUCUUCCUUGUGGUACCAAGGUUCCAGCCUGUCGUUUUGAAUGUACGAGAGUGAAAAGCUGUGGACAUCCGCAAGUUUCCCACAGCUGCCAUACAAACGACGAGGCAUGUCCCAAAUGUCCGUUUCUAACAAACAAGACUUGUUCUUGCGGCAGAAACGUUCUAAAAAAUCAACCAUGCUUUCUGCCUGAGGUGAGAUGUACUGAAGAGUGCGGACGAAAACUGAAAUGUGGAUCCCACAGUUGUCGCAAAAUAUGCCACAAACCUGGAGAUUGCGAGGAUUCAACAUCCGGGUGCCAGCAGAAGUGUGGAAAGGAAAAGUCCUGUGGCCAUCCUUGCUCAGAAUUAUGUCACUCUCCGUAUGAGUGCAAAGAAGAGAAGCCAUGCGACUCAAAGAUUCUGAUUACAUGCCCUUGUAUGCAGCUAAAAAAAGAGACCCGAUGCAAUGCGACAAAGACGAAUGGGGGAAAUAAUAAGAAAGAAUUGGAUUGCAACGAUGAGUGCGCUCGGUUAGAACGAAAUCGCAAACUCGCUGCAGCUCUCAACAUCGACCCUGAGACGCACUCUGACGAUCAUGUGCCAUAUUCCUCGGAUACCCUCAACAUGUAUCUAGCCAAUUCCAUAUGGGCUUAUGCUCAAGAGAAAGAGUUCCGCAUGUUUGCUGCAGAUGCGGAGGCGAGGCGACUGCGGUUCAAGCCAAUGCAAGCGCCACAGAGAGCUUUCAUUCACUGUUUGGCUGAAGACUUUGGUCUUGAUUCUGAAAGUAUGGAUCCGGAGCCGCACCGGCAUGUUCUGAUAUUCAAAACGCCACGCUUCAUCAUGGCCCCUAUGAAGACGCUGGCGGAGAGUGCGAGGAUUAGACAACGUCAACGAAGCACCGUCAGUACUGCUGCAAAGAUUAUUGCCCAACCUGCUGCUCCCAUUAUCCGACAGAAUGCUAGCAAUACGGUUGAUGAACCGUAUAACGGCUUUGUCCUGACCAAUGCUCGCUUUGCGCUAACAGCCGAGGAGCUACGAUCUGCGCUCAAGACCGUCAUGGACCCGAAGUCUGGUGUAAUCUUCGAUAUAACUUUUCUACCCAACGAGGAUGUUGUACUAAAAGCAGCUUCUCGGACGUUGAUAGAGCAUGAUUUAGAAGUUUACCUCAGGUCCGUUAAGCCCGGAGUCGCACGCACAGUUUCCAAUCAGAGACUGGGCAGCAUCGAGCUUUGCCGCCUGGAUCCCUCGUCUAAUAUCACCCGACGCGAGUCAGACAUAACAAGCAAUGGUGGCUGGAGUCAAGUAGCAGCCAAGGCAAAUUCUACGGGCCGAUUUGUGCGACAGGUGCCAGUCAUUGGAUCUGCCAGUUCCUUUACUGUUCUUAGCCUUUCGUCGAGAAAUAAGAAGCUACCAGUAUCCAAGAGAGAGGAGAGUAUCGUAGAUGACUGGGAGGCUGCGGAGUCGCUGGAGGAGGAGAAGGAGAAAGUGUCUGCUAGCGCUUGUACGACAGAGGAAGAAGUGAGGUGA